GGGGGGGGGGGGGGGGGGGGAAGAAGAAACUGGAGAGAUGGGUUGUUGCCAAUCGUCAUUUUUAAGAGAAACCCAUCCAGAAAAACUGCAGAAAAAUCGAGGGUUAUCAUUAAAUCCGUCUAUAAUAAACACUACAGGUGGUGAUUCUGACCAAGGUGGUGUUGGUGGUGGUGUUGUUGGAGGUGCAACACCAGUGUUUUCUGAGUAUUCUUUCACAGACCUUAAAGCUGCUACUAAUAAUUUCAGUUCAGAUUAUAUAGUUUCAGAGAGUGGUGAAAAAGCCCCUAAUCUUGUUUAUAAGGGUCGUCUUCAAAAUCGUCGUUGGAUCGCUGUUAAGAAAUUUACUAAGUUAGCUUGGCCUGAUCCUAAACAAUUUGUGGAAGAAGCAUCUGGGGUUGGGAGGUUGAGACAUAGAAGACUAGCUAAUCUGAUUGGGUACUGUUGUGAUGGGGAUGAGAGAUUGCUUGUUGCUGAGUAUAUGCCUAAUGAUACCCUUGCAAAGCAUUUAUUUCACUGGGAAAGUCAAACUAUUGAGUGGGCCAUGCGUCUAAGAGUUGCUCUGUACAUUGCUGAGGCCUUAGAGUAUUGUAGUACCAAAGGGCAUAAACUGUAUCAUGACCUGAAUGCUUACCGGGUUCUCUUUGAUGAGGAUGGCGAUCCUCGGCUUUCUUGUUUUGGUCUUAUGAAAAAUAGCAGGGACGGGAAGAGUUACAGCACGAAUCUUGCUUAUACCCCUCCUGAGUAUCUAAGGAACGGAAGGGUUACCCCUGAAAGUGUAAUCUUCAGCUGUGGCACGAUUCUCUUGGAUCUUCUUAGUGGAAAGCAUAUCCCUCCAAGUCAUGCUCUUGAUAUGAUACGUGGCAAAAACAUCCUCCUCCUCAUGGAUUCACAUUUAGAGGGAAAAUUUUCAACAGAAGAGGCAACUGUGGUUGUUGGCCUUGCUUCUGAGUGUUUACAGUAUGAACCUAGAGAGAGACCCAAUUUGCAAAAGCUUGUCGAGAUUUUGGAGCCACUUCAGCCAAAACCUGAAGUUCCAUCUUAUGUGAUGCUAGGCAUACCAAAGCAGGAGGAAGCCCCUGCAACCCCCCAACAUCCGCUCUCCCCAAUGGGUGAGGCAUGUCAACGUAUGGAUCUAACGGCUAUCCAUCAGAUUUUGGUGACGUCACACUACAGAGACGAUGAAGGAACUAAUGAGUUAUCUUUCCAAGAGUGGACACAACAAAUGAGAGAUAUGUUGGAAGCAAGGAAGCGUGGGGACUUCGCCUUCCGUGACAAAGAUUUUAAAACUGCUAUAGACUGUUACUCUCAGUUUAUUGAUGUGGGGACGAUGGUUUCACCGACCGUUUAUGCAAGACGUAGUCUCUGCCAUCUCCUCAGCGACCAGCCAGAUGCAGCUCUCCGGGAUGCUAUGCAAGCACAAUGUGUAUACCCUGAUUGGCCCACAGCUUUCUAUAUGCAGGCAGUUGCCUUGGCUAAACUGAACAUGGACAAGGAUGCAGCAGACAUGUUGAAUGAGGCUGCUGGACUAGAAGAAAAGAGGCAACGAAGAUAAUCACAAUUCAUAUGAAUCAGUUGCAGCUAAUAAUGUAAUCACCAUGCAUUAUCUAUUAUCAUUGAUACAGAAAACACACUCAAAAUCUGUAAUUUAUAUGGGAAUUGGCUUCAAUGAGAAAAUUGUAUUAUAUUGCGA